AUGCCUAUUCCAGUUCCCCAGGCCGAUAGUCUGAAGGACCUUCUGAGCCUUAAGGGCAAGGUGGUUGUCGUCACCGGCGCAUCGGGCCCCCGUGGUAUGGGCAUCGAAGCCGCCCGUGGAUGCGCCGAAAUGGGUGCCGAUUUGGCGAUCACCUAUUCCUCUCGAGCUGCAGGUGGCGAGAAAAACGCCAAGGAGCUUCAAGAGCAGUAUGGAGUCAAGGUCAAGGCCUACAAGUGCGAUGUCUCGAGCUGGGACAGCGUGUCAGAGUUUGUGAACACAGUCAUCAAGGAUUUCGGCAAGAUUGACGCCUUCAUUGCCAACGCUGGGCGAACUGCAAGCAGUGGCGUGCUGGAUGGGACCGUACAGGACUGGACCGAAGUGAUUCAAACCGACCUGACAGGAACAUUCCACUGCGCCAAGGCAGUGGGGGCACACUUCAAGCAGCGCGGGACUGGCAGCUUUGUCAUUACAUCUUCCAUGUCGGGUCAUAUCGCCAACUUCCCUCAAGAACAGACUUCCUACAAUGUUGCAAAGGCGGGCUGUAUUCAUAUGGCUCGUUCUCUGGCCAACGAGUGGCGUGACUUUGCCCGCGUGAACAGCAUCUCUCCUGGUUACAUUGACACCGGUCUCUCGGAUUUUGUCGACCAGAAAGUCCAGGAUUUGUGGCUUUCCAUGAUCCCAAUGGGUCGGAAUGGCCAGGCAAAAGAACUCAAGGGCGCUUAUGUCUACCUUGUUAGUGAUGCCAGUACUUACAUGACUGGCAAUGAUCUGCGCAUUGAUGGCGGAUACUGCGUGCGGUAA